AUGGUUCAAGGCGCACUUAAGUCGACGAAAAGCGCAUUGGCGGGCGGGAAUCGAGCGAAUGGAGCGGGGAAAAAGGCGGCGUUGGGACCGAAGAAGGGACAGAGGGUUAUUAAGGCAAAGAAGGAUGGAUUGAGGAGGAGUGAGGUUUUGAGGAAGAAACAUUCAGCAGGUCUCACAGCUAUGACGGAAAAAACACUCGGUGCGAAAGCAGGUCAUCUGGAGUUGUUGGGAGUGGGAAAGAAGAGUAAGGGGAAGGAUGGAAAGAAUGCUGGGGAGACCAAGGGGAAGGGAAAUGCCGGGGCGACGAUUCAUGGAGGAGAGAAGGGAGGAACAAGGAAAUUUGGUUAGAGGGCUAUAGUGCUAUAGUGCUAUAUUAACGGAAGGACAGAAGAUGAUGAUAAGAAUGAGAAUGGAUGAGGAACUUAUUUGAUUGGUAUUGGUAUGGAGUCUGGUUGGCGCUUUGGGAAG